AAAAAAAAGUGUCUUCUGCUAUGUUCUGGAGUUCGUACAGUUCCAACUAAGUUCGGAACAACUUGUUCAGUGUUUGGGGUUUUGCAAUAAGCACAAUUCUGUACUGCAGACAAGAACGGACUCUCACCAGACAAACCACCAGCCAGCCGAAUGAGCGUGAAAGGCUUUGUUAGCGUUUAAUUUGCACCGUUGCAAUAACAGAACUAGUCAGCCAACUACCGCAGGAGGAGUCGCUAGAGGCUUAAAGGAGAUGAAGGUCAUCUCCCGGUGAGACCUGUUCACAGCGGAAACCGUAAGUCAUGUGCUGUGUAAUUGUGGAUGAGGACAACCCUUGGCACGUACACUUCCAUGAUUGUGUCCUCUUUCAAUGUUUGCUCUGUUAUGGUGAAGACGCUAAUAAACAUACUUCUUAUACUUUUAAUUAGUUUUCUAUGAUUUUCAAGACACAAGCUAAUCAGAAAAAAGCAGAGUUUCAUGUAAUUAGAAGUCAGAUCCUUUGACGGACUUUGGCCUCAGCAGGCUUUUGGACCAGGCUGAGGUCCUGGUCUGAUUCGCUCCCUGUGGAGGGGAGCUGGGGGAGUGCCAGGACAUUCCGUAGGUCACUUUGUGUACAGCCGGCCCACUUCUCUGUUGUUUAGUCAUUUCCUUUAAGAGUGAAAAGUAGGACUAGAAGGAAGUAGAAGUAGUCAGUUCUCUACUUUUACAUUCAGGUCUUUCAGGCAGCUCGAGGGCGGCGUCUUAUCUUUGUCAGUGGAAUACUGUAGAUUUAAAAAAAAAUUCAAAAUGGAUUGUUUCACGAUGCAGGAAUCAGCUGAAUACAACAUGAAAAUGCACCCGAUGUGGCAAGGACCCCUCGCGGUUCCAGGAGGUGAUCGCCAGUCUCCGAUUGAUAUCGUUGUGCGCAAGAGUGUCUUUGAUGCCCAGCUGAAACCUUUGAUCGCCGACUAUGAUCCAACGACUUGCCAGCAAAUCUGGAAUAAUGGUUACUCCUUCCUGGUUGAAUAUGAUGACACGACAGACCGGUCCUCACUGAAAGGGGGGCCAUUGCAAGACAAAUUUAGGCUGUGUCAGUUCCACUUCCACUGGGGUGAGUGCAAUGCCUGGGGGUCGGAGCACACCGUGGACAGGAGGUUAUUUCCUGCAGAGCUUCACCUGGUCCACUGGAACUCAGACAAGUACAGCCUGUUUGAGGAGGCGGUGAUGGAGGACAAUGGGCUGGCGGUUAUUGGAGUCUUUCUAAAGGUGGGGAAGAGACACGAAGGCCUCCAGAAACUGGUAGAUGCUCUGCCUGCAAUCAGACACAAGGAUAGUGUGGUAGAGUUUACUAAAUUUGACGCAGGCUGCCUGUUACCCACCAACACCGAUGAUUACUGGACGUACCACGGCUCUCUUACAACACCUCCCCUGACAGAGUCGGUCACCUGGAUCGUUAUGAAGCAGCACAUAGAAGUCAGCCACGAUCAGCUGGCUGUCUUCCGGAGUCUUCUGUUUACCUCUGCUGAAGAGGAGGUCCAGAAGAGCAUGGUGAACAACUUCCGUGUGCAACAGCCUCUGCGGGGUCGCACCGUGCGCUCCUCAUUCAGUCCAUUCCUGAAGGAGGCACCGUUUGACCAAUGAUCCCAACACACCCACUGAUCCCCAACAAACGCAGUACUUACAUUUGUGAUAACCACCGUUACAGUCGUUGCACCAAAACAUAUUCUCUCAGAUUUUUACAAUACAAUAUUUUCCUCUUUCACUAACAAACGCUACUUUGAGGCAGUGGGUAAGCUUUUGUUUAAUGGUAAUUCUGAUAAAAAUGUACCUUUUUAACUAUUAGUUUAACAAACUAAUCAUUUAAAGGGGUGGUUACUGGGAAAUAGUUUUAUGAAUGUUUAUUCAGAGAAAUUGUAUUUAUUUUCAAGUUGACUUGACAUUUAAUUCAGUUGACUUGGAAGACUUUUUUUAUCAAUCAGCACCUAAAGGUGAACAACUGGAGCUGCUAGUGGAGACUCAACAGCACUAUGUGCUGGUCAUAGUCGGUACUGCAGUGGCACUUACAUUAAGCAGCAAAUAUCAAGGUUUGCAAAUGCAAUUUCUUUACUUGAUAGGUUGAUGUUUGACGUAAACAUGGCACUUAUUUUUUUUUGCUAGAUUUUACUGUACUCGGUACAUUUGAUCUUUUUAUACUUAGAGUCUUUGUUUUUGUAUCAUCUUUGACAAGCAUCCUAACACACGUGCUUUAACUAAAUAUUAUGUCAUACAUAUUCAUUUAAGCUGAGGUAACUGGAAUAGUUUAUCUUUGUAGCAGAUCCGUGCCUAUACGCAAAUGUUCCAUCAGCAAUUUACUGACACUUACAAAAGAAAUCAAAUUGCAUUAUUACUGUUGUAUUUAACAUAUUACAAAUAAAUACAACAAAAUCUGAAAUAAAUGAAAAUAAGUCCUGUAAAUACGAGAUGGGUAGGUCAGUCAUCGUCGCAAAUUACGGAUACAAUCAAUUUAAAACAAUUUAAAUAACUGGAUGACGUAAACUACAUUUACACUAUGCAAAAAGUAUAUACAAAAAUGAAAUAAUAUAUACAAAAUAUAUAUAAUGCAAAUGGUUAAUAGUAAUAAGUAGUUUUAAUAUAAUUAUAUAUUUUUAGAAAUUAAUUUUGUACCUACCUACCUAAAUUUGGAACAGUAUGGAAUUUUAUUUGAUACAUUUCCGGGUAAAAGUGAAACUAAAGUAUGAGGGGAAAAAAAAUAAUGUUUCCAAAACUGUUACUAUUGUUCUCGCGACUUAAAAAAAAGAACCUGUUUUUCGAAGGCAGCUACAUAAAAAAAAAAAAAAAAAAUUAGACUAACUCAAUGAAAUUGCCGGAAAAAAAGAACCUGUUUUUCGAAGGCAGCUACAUUAAAAAAAAAAAAACUCAUUGGACUAACUAAAUGAAAUUCCUGGCAGAAUAUCCAUCCAAUGAAUAUGUUUAGCCCUAAGUAAAAAAAAAAGUAUAUUUGUACAUGGUAAUAUAUUUGUGUUAGUUGAGCUUGUUUUUAUUCAAGUUCAUCCAACUCAAAUUAAACCAAGUUAGCUCACACAAUAUAAUUGAAACGGUUCCAUCCAAAUCUACAGGUAACAAAACUUUAUUUCAUUAAGAUGUUUGUGUGGGAACACACAGUGAGCAACACAUGUAUGGAAAAUUCUGGAAAAUUUGAUGUACUGCAGCUAUAAUCCUCUGGAAAUUAUAUGCAGACAUAAUGGUAAUCAGUUAAAGACUAAAACCAGGGGAUAUUUGCAUUUUUAAUUCAUUGGAUAUUCAUCAAUUUGGAAUUAAUUGUUGCAGCUGCAAUGAUACACUGAAUCCGAAAAAAGUACGGAAUUUAGAAAUGUCAAACAACGGCUCUGCUGUUCAUUUUUAAUGGUUUCCACCACUCAAAACUCGCUCAAUUGUUGUCUAAAUGAUGAAUCCACUGCUUUUUUUUCGGUAGUUGUCAUAUUUUUUUACUUUAUGGUAAAAUUUGCAACGUUUCCGGUGCUGAUGUGUUCCCUGCAAGUUUGCCUUUGCCUACAGUUGUUGUGUUAAAAUGGAGGGAAAUCUUUAAUCCACUUGAAGCCAGAGAAGCAUUUAGCCUUGCAGGAUAUGUUUAUGGGAUUUCUAUAUUGCCUUCAUUUCAUGUUGGAUUUUCCUUCAUGAUAUUUCAUCAUAUAUCUAAUGCCUGAUUGCAACAUCAAAUAUGAACAUAUUCAAACAAAUUUUUCCUCAAAAUGACUGUUUAAAUAGUUUCAUUUGUUGCAAUGUGAUGAUUGUUAGAGAUUAAGGUGAUAAAGCAUUUUUGCUUUUUUUAGGUUUUACUGGACCGUACUGUAUCUUUGAUUGUGAUAUUUAAAAAAAAAAAUGAAAUACACAAUUUUAACUCAUCAAA